AUGGACGCAUACUGUCCCCACCUGGGUGCACACUUGGGGAUCAUGGGACGAGUAGUGGAAGAUUGCAUCGAAUGCCCCUUCCACGGCUGGAGGUUCAGGGGAAACGACGGGGCUUGCACGCAUGUGCCUUACGCAAGCAGAACACCGGACUUCGUGAAGGCCAAGACCUGGCUUUGCCGGGAAUCGUUGGGCUUUCUCUUCAUCUGGUAUCACGCUGACGGCGAAGCACCGUCGUGGGAACUGGAAGAUGAGCCGGAGAUCAGCAGCGGCCGGUGGAAACAGACGGCAAGAUUUGAGAGGGUCGUGUACGGCCACAUACAGGACAUCUGCGAAAACGGAGCAGAUGUCGGUCACUUCGAGAAGCUCCACAAAGCAUCGGGCUUAGUUUCCGGCGAAGAGUACGCCAGCAACACCGGAUAUUCGUGGAAAGGACGCCUGCUCUCGCACAAAUACGACAUUUCGUGGUCUGCCGAGGGCACCGUGGCUCGUACUAAAGCUCCCAUUCGCGUGUCCAUUUUUGGUCGAAACUUCGAUAGUUUGACGGUCAGAGGACUCUUCAAGUUGGUUGGACCAGCGUUCUUCGUGUUCCAUGGCGAGACCAGGUGGGGCAGCCUCAUCACCACUAUGUCCUUGACGCCCGUGGGUCCUCUAGAGGUCAAAGUGGUCCAUCUAACGUUCAGCGAGCCUAGACUACCUUGGGUCGUGCGAAAAGCGAUUUACAUGGGACACCGUAACAUGCUCGAUCGAGACAUCAUAGUUUGGAACAAGAAAAAGUACCACAAAAAGCCCGUUCUUGUGCCGGAGGACCGGUUCAUCGUUGCUUUCCGCAGAUGGUACUCCCAGUUUUACAGCAGCAAAAGUCCAACGUGGGAAGACACGAAGGACACGUCUCUGGAGUGGUGA